AAAGGAGGAGGCUGCCACAGAAGAGAGUCCCCCAUCAGCCGAGACAAUAAAGAAUGGCAUAGUAUCACACACGCUGCUGAGGAUGGAUUCCCCGCCGGAGUGUGUGUUGUCUCUUUCUUGUGAGCAGCCCCAGUCUCCCCCGACGCUGCCGUCCCUGGACCACAGCCCGCAGGCGUUGUCCCCUCACACCCAGCUCUCUCUACCCAACAGCCCCGUCGUCCUGCCCAUCCACAGCCCCGAACCCUCUCCCCAGAGCCCGGACACCACGCCUUAUUUCCCCCUCUCUCCCUUCCCCCUCCACGAGGAUAACAACCACCACGACGUCGACGAAGAGGAUGACGAGGAAGGGCUGGAUGGAGUUCCUCCGUCACCAACCCCAGCGGUGGCUCUGUUCCCUGGAGGAGGGGGACAAGAAGCUGGGUGCAGCCCCUGUUUGGAUACCUCCCCCCCGGCGACGCCAUCAGCACCACUCCUUGGGUUCGAAACCCUGGAGCUCGCCCUCUCCUCUGGGCCGAGUGGGACCUGCAAUGAAGAGCUAGACCUCCAGCUGUUCCAGAAAGACACUGUUACCAGGGCGAUACCUGGAGUGGGAGGGGCCUCAUCAGGGCCUGCACUCAAGUUUCCCUGUCACGUAUGUGGGAAGAGAUUCCGAUUCCAAAGUAUUUUGUCUCUUCACGCCCGAGCCCACAGUCUGGACCGAGACCGCCGAGCUUCAGCCCUCUACCGGAGCGGUCUCCCCUCAGCGCCCCUGAAGCAGCAACUCAAGGUCCAACAGAAUCACAAAGACUUAAUCCAGAAUCACAGAAGUCACACAAACCAGCGCUUACUGCCAGGGACGCUCAUCCAGCACCUGAUCGAGGAAGAGCAUGUUGAUGGUGAGGUUAAGGGUCUCGAUGAAGGCCUUCAGACAGACCACAACCCAAACUUUUUACUGGAUGAUAGCACACCGUUGACCCCUCCACUUACAGAGGACCCUGUCUCUGUGAUCUCUCCCUACUAUUCCACCACUGGGGAGGGGGCAUCUACUCCCACAGCGCCUACGUAUCGCUGCCAUGCCUGCAAAGGAAAAUUCCGCACAGCUUCAGAGUUGGCACGCCACGUCCGCAUUCUCCAUAACCCAUAUAAAUGCACCCUUUGUCCCUUCUCUGCCAGCCAAGAAGAGAGCCUGGCAUCUCACUUGCAGGAGUGCCACCCUUCUCCAGAGGUUCCUUCUCUGCCACCAGCCUUCAACUCCAGGCCGAUUAUUGCAACCCCUGACACUCCUGUGCCCACCCCGACCCAUACCCCAGCCCCAACCCCGAACACGCCACAGGUGACGUCAGCUGCUGCAGCGGCUGCAUCCUCACUGCCAGCGUUUCGCUGUGAAACUUGCGGACAGCGGUUUACCCAGUCAUGGUUCCUUAAGGGACAUAUGCGAAAGCACAAAGACUCCCUGGACCAUAAGUGCCAGGUAUGUGGACGUGGCUUCAAAGAGCCUUGGUUCCUCAAAAACCACAUGAAAGUUCAUCUUAACAAGCUUGGACUGAAAGCUGGGCUGGGAACUCUUGGGGGACCGGGAGGUGCUAAUCAGCAGGCCAAAGGCUCCGCAAGUAAUCACUCUCUCAAUGCCCUCUACUCCAGCCUCCUUCUGGCCCAGCGAGGAGGUGGCAGAGGUGGAAGGUCAGACAGGAACGCCGGAGGCAGACUAGGGAUGGGAUCAAGCAAGUCAGCCAUCCUAGGAUACCUGGGGCUGCCCAGUGAUGGCAGUGGGGCCAGCUGCAUGGAAAGACUUCAAGCAGUGGCUCAGGUGGCAGAGAUGGGAAAUGGUGGUGGUGGUGGGAUUGGCGGCCCAGUAGGUGGGGACAUGGGAAGAGGAGGGGGAGCUGCUAGAGCCAUGGGUGACGCUACAGCAUCGGUAUCUGAAGGAGAACAGGCAACUUGGUGGCAGCUGGUAGCUCGCAGCCUUGCAGUCGCUCAGCAGCAGCAGCAGCAUCAACAGCAGCAGCAGCAGCAGCAGCAGCAGAGGCCCCACCAGUCAGGCCAACAGCAAGGCCAGCGAGGACCGGGUCGAAGCUCUGUGAUCACAGAGGCUGACCAAGUAAGAGCCUACCUUGGAGGCCUAGAUCCAAGAGAAGACUCAGGAGCAGGAGGGCCAUGGGAGUGCCCGGACUGCGGGAAGCUAUUCCGCAGUCUGCAGCAGGUGGUGGUGCACGCUCGCGUUCACACUCAGAGGCCCCAGAAAGGAGGUGGAGGCGAGGUGGAGGGAAGUGGCAGUCGUCGUGGAGCGGCACUGGGAAGAGGAGGCAGCAGCGAAGUGAGACAGGAGUCGCAGCUUCACGGUGGCGGAUCCCAACAAGCGGGAGAAGUGAGACACGAAUCAAAACUGCACAGCGGUGGAUCACAACAAGCGGGAGCAGCUACGGGGUUUCACUCUGUCAUCUCGAGCUUCAAAGAAGAAAAUGGCUUGACAGCAGUCUCCUCCAUACCUUCAGUUCCCAUCAGGGAGCGAGUGCGUGGUAGAGGAAUAAAAGACUGCCCCUACUGUGGGAAAGCCUUCCGCUCCUCACACCACCUUAAAGUGCACCUGAGAGUUCACACAGGUGAGAGACCCUACAAAUGUCCCCACUGUGACUAUGCGGGUACCCAGUCGGGCUCUCUGAAGUACCACCUGCAGCGGCACCACAGGGAGCAACGCAACGCCUUGUCAGCCUCGUCCAACUCCUCCUCCGCCGGCCUCACCUCCACAAUCAACAGUCUGACCUCUGGAUCCUCUGGGCUGGCCAAGCAGCGCCGAUCCCAAACCAACCACUGCCCCAUCAACCGAGGCCCUUCAGACGCCCCCACCUCUCGGCUGAACCAACAGUCCUGGCUUCUGGGGCUUCCAGACCAGCGAGAGAACCGCAAGGCCUUGGCGGCUUUAAGGGAUGUGGACUUGGAGACCCAGUACAGGUAUCUGUCUGGGGUGAUGGGAGCGCUUUACCAAGGUGGAAUGGAAGGAAGCUGGAUUAGAGAGUCUCCCCCACCAAAGGCCCCUAAAGUGUCCCGGCGUAAGCCCCUGACCACAAGCCGAAUGGUCCAGCCUUCGAGCGACAAGGAAAGCCCUGCAUCUUCAACUCAAGAGGGCGGGUUUGAACCUCUGGAUCUGUCCCGUCGUCCCUCACCAGGGUUUGGAGGGAUGGAGGAUGAUGGAGUCAUGAGUGUAGGGGAAGGAGGGGUUGUCGAUGGUGGUGAUAAUUCUUCAGGGGUCAAACUGAGCCAGUGUUUGUUCUGCCCAUUCCGUACGUCCUCAGCAGAGCUCAUGGCCAUGCAUCUCCAGGUCAACCACACCAGUAAGUCUCGGCGUAAAAGAGGCUCAUCGACUACCUUAGAGUACGACGGAGCCUCAAAGUCCACCAAGCUCGGGGCGGAUCUCUCCGAACUUGAUUCCUUGGGGAUAUGGAGGCCUGAAAAUGAGGCACCACUGGGGGAAUGGUCCUCAACCCAGACCCUCAACGGGCUCUCAGAGGAUCAAGCAGGACAUGGGGGUCGUGUUUUCGACCAUCCAGACUCCAAACUGGCCUCGGUAUCCAAGAAUGUAAGGGACAGUCUGGGGCUGAGGGAGAAGCUGGAGGAGGAGGAUGAAGAGCAAGAGGAGGAACUGGAGGAUAAUUUGGAGAACAGCAGUGGAGAGGACUCGCAGGACCAGGAUCUGAGGAUGUCUCUCGCUCUGUCUCCGGCCCUGAGCUCCAACCACAUGGUGGAAGACGAGGAAAGAGUCUGACGACUCCACUUAGAUUGAGGUUUGGGUUUUUUGGUUUUCAACCACAUUUGAAGAGAACCACAGGAUGGAAGAGUCGGUGGGAAGCGUCGCAGAGAGAAAAGGUUUUAAGGUUAAAUGAAGAAUUGCCCCUUUAUACUUUCAUUUCUAGAGAGACGCGAAGAAUCUGAUAUUUUGGAGGAUUUCAAAAAGACGAGAGAGAAAAAUCCCAGCUGUUAAAUUCCCUCUCUUCAGAUUUGAAAGUGUGUUUUACCUCAGUACAACGAACGUCCUGUUCAAACAGCACGGACGCAUCUUUACAGGAUUUUUUGGGCCACUUCUCGUUUUGUUUUCGGAGCUCCACUCUAAGACGGAUGAUUCUGAGAUGAUCUCCUCUUGGAUAAAUGAAAUAAGUAAAUCUCGGGGCAGAGCUUGCAUCAUUCCAGAGUGAAUUGCGAUGCAUUUCUUUCACAAUUGUAACGGACUGUAAAUCCCACUUCACUUUCCUGACCAGGUUGGAGCUGACGGAAGAGACGCUCUCCUGACUCUGACCACUGAACAGUUUGAAGUUCCUCCUCCACCCACAACCACACGGAGGAACCGUUAGUCCGGACCAGUUUCAAGCUGUGAACAGCAGCGAAGCUAUUUGGUUUUAAUUUAAGGCGUGAGGUGUUGCAGGCCGUGUGUUUUCUCUCAACUGUGUAUCACUGCCUUGUUUGUCUGAAAAGUGUUUUUAGAUGAUUGUCCUAAAAGAAAACCGCAAGAAAACAUUUGUAAUUUUUGUUUCUUUUUCAGUUAGUGCCUGUUCGCGUACUGUAUGUUAUUGAGAGAGCCUCUGGUGUUCCCGAGGCUCUGAUAGGUUCAUUCAUUUUAUCUGAAUAUACAGUUUAAAACGAUUUAAGUACAGUAUAUUUGUUAAAAGUGGUUCUAGGUCGUUGUGAAUAGUUAAGUUGUAAAAGAAACGCUAAGCGGCAGCGUGACGGCAGCUGUUAGUGGCUCAGCUGGAAAAGAAAAGAAAAAAAAGAGUUGGUGAUAUAUACACAAUGUUUAAUGCGAUGAAAGAGGUCGAAGCCUCGGCGGUGAAAAGGGUUCACGGUUCAAAAUUCAGUGUUUACAAUGAUGUGGGUUGGGGUUGCCACGGCGACUCGGGGUCAUCGCAGACGUGCAGGAAAGAACAAACCACAGAGCGGGAGUCUGACGGACGGACGUCGCUCGAGCCCACGAACACAAUCAACCGACACGUUGUUUUAAAGAGACUGCGACUCGGCGACUGUGUCGAGAAAACAACGCCACGUUUUUUUGUUUUUUUUUUCCUCCAUAGGAGAGAAGAUACAAGGUAGAGAAAGAAAAAGAAAAGAAACAAACUCUACUCUCGGGGUAUGGUGUCUCUUAGACGAGUAGAUUCCCUCUCUUCUUCUUUUGUAAGAAAAGAAAAGACAAUGGUAGGAGUAAAUAUUAAAACACUAACAAAUGCAUAGACAUCCCAGUAGAAUAUGUGUAGCUUUUGUAAAGACGAGAAAAAAAAAAAGACGAGACUUGUGUUUAUUUUCAUUUCCAGAUUCUUACAGAAAAAGGUUAUCAAUAUAGGUAAUAUUGAUUAUAAUGUUCGUGAGCUAAGACUAGUUGGAAUGUCUAUACAGAGCACUGUGCAAGGUUUGAGUUCCCAAAGUAGUUGUUUUUAUUUUUGAAUUUAUGGAAAUAGACCAAACAUUUUUUUCUUUCCAAUGGAAGUCGUCACUUUCUGUUGUCGUUUUUUUUUUUUUAAAACGUGUAAAGUUGUGGUUUCGUGAGAUUUACCCCAUCGAUCAGCCAGAAGUCCGUUUAUCAAACAUCCGACCGCCCGACUGGCCGUUAAAGGAAGUUCAAUAUCAAAACGUAAAAUUUUUUUUUUUGAGGAAACAAACACUACGAUGGAGCAUUGGGGCCAAACUGAAGAAUUUAUUUUCAGAUUAUGAGAAUAAGGUUUAGUGUAACUGAUAAUAAUAACUUUAUUUUUGUAAUAUUAGUUCGUUUUAUUAGUUUUAAUUAAUAUUACAAAUUAACCGUCAUAAUAUUCUGACUUUAUUCUCGU